UACCAAUUCGCAUGCUGCUGGUUUCCUGACCAAACAUUGUACACAACACCGCACAACACAGUGUGUAGCAUGUUGCGCAAUACCAGUGAACUAUCCAAAAUGGCAGCUUCCACGAGUGAACAGAAAACCACAACGGUGACAGAAGAUACAACAGAAAAAAGCGAGGAAGAAACAACAACAUUUGCGUCUUUGGGUGUCGUUGAUGUAUUGUGCGAGGCAUGUGAGCGUCUGAAAUGGAAAACUCCGACCAAGAUCCAGCGAGAAGCUCUCCCGCUCAGCUUUCAAGGACGGGAUAUCAUUGGCUUAGCCGAGACAGGUUCAGGCAAGACUGGAGCGUUUGCGAUUCCUAUUUUACAGGCAUUGCUGGACCGACCACAGAGACUCUUUGCUCUGGUAUUAACACCAACAAGAGAGCUGGCCUACCAGAUAUCUGAGCAGUUUGAAGCGCUAGGGUCAAGUAUAGGGGUCAAUUGUGCUGUUGUUAUUGGUGGGAUUGAUAUGAUGACGCAAGCACUACAAUUAGCCAAGAAACCUCACAUCGUAGUCGCCACACCUGGACGACUUGUGGACCACUUGGAAAACACUAAAGGUUUCAGUCUCCGUGCUUUGAAAUACCUGGUGAUGGACGAGGCAGAUCGAAUACUGAACAUGGAUUUUGAAGCAGAGCUGGAUAAAAUCUUGAAAGUCAUCCCCAAAGAGAGACAUACGUACCUUUACUCGGCCACUAUGACUAAAAAGGUUGCUAAAUUACAAAGAGCAUCGCUGAAGGAACCCGUCAAAGUAGAGGUAUCCAGCAAAUACGACACGGUAGAAAAACUGCAACAGUUCUACGUCUUCAUUCCGGCAAAAUACAAAGACUGUUAUCUUGUGUACAUCCUAAAUGAGUUAGCUGGUAACAACUUCAUGGUAUUCUGUAGUACGUGUAAUAAUACGCAGCGAGUGGCGGUGAUGUUGCGCAACCUCGGUAUGACGGCUAUCCCUCUACACGGACAGAUGUCGCAGUCCAAGAGAUUGGGAACGCUGAACAAGUUUAAAGGAAAGAGUAGAUCUAUUUUGAUUGCAACGGAUGUAGCAAGCAGAGGUCUAGACAUUCCCCACGUUGAUGUUGUCAUCAAUUUUGACAUCCCUACACAUUCUAAGGACUACAUCCACAGGGUCGGUAGAACAGCCAGAGCAGGCAGAGCUGGACGAUCUAUCACAUUUGUAACUCAGUACGAUGUGGAGUUGUAUCAACGCAUUGAGCAGCUCAUCGAUAAGAAGCUCCCAUUGUUUCCAACGGAGGAACAAGAAGUCAUGUUACUAAUGGAGAGAGUCAUGGAAGCUCAGCGCAUCGCCAAAAUGGAAAUGAAAGAUAAUGACGACAAGAAGAAAGGGCGUGGUCGGGGCGGCGACGACGACACGGAGGAUGCGAUUGGAAUACGCAAGAAGCUCAAGGUGUCUCACAGGGGCAAGGGUAGAAGAUAAAAUCUUGAAGGGAACUCAGCCAAGCUGGCAACAGCCAAUCUCUAGGCUCAAACAAACACUGGUUUAACAUCUAGACUAUGAUUCAGUAACGUCUAUGGUUGUGAUUCAGUAACUAGACAACAUUAUUUAUUCUAGUCAUUGUGAAGUCAGCAAUAAGCUUGGGGAUUCAAAACCACAACCUUGUGAUUGCCUGCAAUUUAACCACUUGACCACGGUCACUGAAAAAAUACAACGCAACAGGAAUGUAAUGUGUUUUGCUUAUCAUUUAAAUGUAAUUUUGAUAUUUGUACACUUCUGAAUUGAUCAUAGUUUAAUAUCGAUAAAAAAAUAGGCCCCAACCUCAAGGUUUUGAAAUACUAGAAACACUUCUGUUUUUGAUAGCGUGCUUCAAAAUGACAAUGCUUUUGACGUCAUGUGUGAGUGUUUGCUUUGUUAUAACAUAUACCUCCAUGCUGCAACAAACCGGCUAUACAAAACAGAUCUCUUACACUUAAUGUAAUAUGAGUGAUGGCAUAACAGGGCUUUUCGAAGCCCUUUCUGAAAAGCAACGGAGACUGAUAUUCAGAAUGAUCAGAUUUGUGUACAAUUAAAAUCUGUUUAAUCUCAUGUGAACUCAAAUUCCUUAUUGAUUAAAACAUUUGAAAUGCAUUUCAGCAAAGAUUCAUUCAAGAAGAAGUCUUAAAAAUACCAUGGUAAGUAUUUGGGCUCUUUUCAAAAACGAAACUGGGGAGGAUUUUUCCAAAGUGGUCUAGAAGCUGUACAUAGUGUAUACAGAAUGUAUUAAAGGUAGAAUUUUAGCAAUGAACCGAGAGUAUUUGGUGAAAAGACCUGCAUUAUCAACACUUUGUAUAACUCAACAUAAAUAAAUCAAAAACUUGUGAAAGUUUUAGCUCAAUCAGUCAUCAGAGUGUCGUGUGAGGAGAAAACAGCAAAUAAAAAACAUGUGUGGUUUCACUUUCAAAUAUUGGAUUUCCCGAGAUCAAAAUUUGUUAUUUUCAUAAUUUCUCAAAAACUGUACCUUUUCAGACAAAAAUAUGUUAAGGGAAGUUGUUCAACAAUUACAUUCAUUAUACCGUGUAAGUUAUGUGUACAUGUGUGAACAGUUGAUUCUCAAUCUCACAGGGCUUUUAAAGCUAUUGGACACUUUUGGUAAACAGUAUUGUCCAAAGUCCACACUUUAUGUAUCACAACGUAUAUAUAAAAUAACAAACCUGUGAAAAUAACAAACCUGUGAAAAUUUAGGCUCAAUUGGUCAUCGGAGUCGA